CAAACCAGUCAGAAACCAUUCACUCUGAAGUGUCUCUGCUCUGGGUGAAUCAAAAUGUCCAGUAAUCACAGACUGCUGGUGAAGAACGCCAAACAGGUGGUUCUGAUCUGCAACGAUGGGGAGAAAUACCUGACCAAACACGCGAUGCAAAAUCUGUGUGUGGUUGAAAAUGGGAGCGUAGUCAUAGGAAGUGAUGGGCUGAUUGAAGCUGUGGGGCCUGCAGAAGUCAUCAGAGCGCAGUAUUCAGAAGCAUCCUUUGAUAAAGUGAUUGAUGCUACAGGAAUGUGUGUCCUGCCUGGGUUGGUUGAUGCCCACACCCAUCCAGUCUGGGCUGGUGACAGAGUGCAUGAGUUUGCAAUGAAGCUGGCGGGCGCCACCUACAUGGACGUGCACCGGGCCGGCGGAGGGAUCCACUUCACGGUGGAGCACACUCGAGCUGCCAGGUCCUCGGAGCUGCUGGCCUCCCUCCGCAGCAGGCUGGUCCGGAUGCAGCGAGCAGGCACCACCCUGGUGGAGUGUAAGAGCGGGUACGGCCUGGAGCUGCAGACUGAGCUCAAGAUGCUGGAGGUGAUCGAGGAGGCCCGACGCACCUUGCCCAUCAACAUCUCCUCAACCUACUGCGGAGCCCACGCAGUGCCCAAAGGGAAGACGGUUGCAGAAGCCACAGAGGACAUCCUGCAGGUUCAGCUGCCCCGGCUGAAAGAGCAGAUGUCUGCUGGGAGUCUCAGAGUCGACAACAUCGACGUGUUCUGUGAGCAGGGAGUGUUUGACCUGAGCUCCACUCGCUCCAUCCUGCAGGCCGGCAAAGACAUGGGCCUCAACAUCAACUUCCACGGAGAUGAGCUUCAUCCCAUGAACUCAGCCCAGCUGGGCGCCGAGCUCGGAGCUUUAGCCAUCAGUCACCUGGAGGAGGUCACAGACGAGGGGAUCGCUGCCAUGGCAACAGCAAGAACCGCUGCCGUCCUCCUGCCGACUACAGCUUACAUCCUACGGCUGCCCCAGCCUCGGGCCAGAGACAUGUUGGACGCUGGAGUAAUUGUUGCCCUCGGCAGCGACUUCAACCCCAACGCGUACUGCUGCUCCAUGCCGAUAGUCAUGCACCUGGCCUGUGUCAAUAUGAGGAUGUCCAUGCCCGAGGCUUUGGUCGCGGCCACCAUCAAUGCAGCCUACGCCCUCGGGCGCUCGCACACACACGGCUCCCUGGAGGUCAACAAACACGGAGACCUGCUGGUCCUCAACGCCACACGAUGGGAGCAUCUGAUUUACCAGCUGGGGGGACAUCAGGAGCUAAUCCGUUACGUUGUCAUUAAAGGCAACGUCGUCUAUGAUAAUGAGAAAACCGUGGACUUAUAACACAGAAACUAACUGCUGAUUAAUUCAGAUUAGAGAAGAGGUCAUUAAUAAUACUGAUGGAUAACGACAACGUGUGUUCAGCUGAGAUUUAAAAGGAAAAUACUUUUUUAAAAAUGCAUCUAGAAACAGGAAUUAAAAUAUAUAUUUUUUUGUCAUUUUUUAAUCACAUCAUCCAUGACAAACGUGGACUAAUUCAGUUUGCCAUUAAACAUUUUAUCUUCAUGUUUUUGGGGCACAAAUGUUAACAUAUGAACUUAAGGGGCAAGAGUCAGCUCACAUUUUGGCCUGAGAACGUCUUGUUGUUGGCCGUGCAUUUACAUUUCAUCAUCACAAAGCUCUAAAUACAUUCACAUCCAUUCAAAACCGCUGAAAUGGUUUAAUUUACAACCACGCAAGUAGGUUUUAAAUUGCAUAAAGAGAAGAAGUUCCCGAAUCUGACCCACAGCCUCUUCAGAGAGAUAUCGCCGUCUGCUGCGGGCGCCAUCGUCACCUCGAAGCUCUCAGCGUUCUGCGACACUGAGGAGAAGACAGAGAGGAAGAAGAAAUAGUUACUAGAAUAUGUUGUGUUCAUUUAUUGUGUCUAUUUGGAUAUAUUGGAACUUAUUACCGAUUCCUGAAAAGAGGGGGAUGCUUUGUUGAUGGGUCAUCUGGUCGUACUUUAGGUUCUCAGGUCUGUAAAUUGGGUGGCCUAAACACUGGAAACAUCUCUCAAUAUAAUGCAGUCCAGUUCAACACCACUGUGGACCACAACCUCCAUAAUAAACAUGUAUUUUAAUCAUUACCUUUCACACAAAACUCAACAUUAUCGUCUUUGUGUACCGAAUAAAUUCUAUUGUACCAAGUGUUUGAUCAAAAGUAUUUAAAUACACUUGAAAUCAGCAAAA